GUAAAAAGAAAAAAAUUAGUAGUGUAAGAAUCGGAGGGAGAAAUAUAUAGCCCUUAUCUGUAGUAGAGAGAUUAAUAAUAAUAAUAAUGGGGAGAGGGAAAGUAGAAUUGAAGAGAAUAGAGAAUCAAACGAGCAGGCAAGUUACUUUCUCCAAGAGAAGAACAGGAUUACUUAAAAAAGCCUUUGAACUCUCUAUUCUCUGUGAUGCAGAGGUUGCCCUUCUCAUUUUCUCUCCCUCUGGCAAAGCUUACCAGUUCGCUAGUCAUGACAUCGAUAGGACCAUUUUAAGAUAUAAGAAUGAAGUUGGAUUGUCCAAAACUAAUGAUCAAGGCUUCAAAGCUACGGAGGUCCGGAGGUCUGACAUUGAAGGCAUGACCAGAACAAUAGAUGAACUUGAAGCCAGAGAUAAGCAUUUUGCUGGAGAAGAUCUAUCAACUCUUGGCAUGAAAGAAUUGAAGCAGUUGGAGCGUCAGCUGAGAAUUGGGGUUGAACGCAUUCGCUCUAAAAAGGGGCGUAUCAUUUCCGAACAUAUCAACUGGCUUAAGAGAAAGCACAAAAUUCUUCAUGACGAGAACAUCCAUCUCCAAAAGCAAGUAAGGUUGCAUGAGCUACGUGAAGGUGAAGGGAGCUCAACCAUUCUCGAUUCAGAUGCAAGUUGUGAGUUACAGUGCCGGCCUUAAGGCCACCAGUUCCGUUGAGCCACCUCCGGUGAGUUAAUUUCUAAGGGAUGAGGAAUGAGGAAGGAUUUUUAGAGCUUCAAUUGCAUGGGCGCGUAAAGAUGAAAAAUGCUUUCUUGUGUUGGUCGAAAUUUGAAUGUAUUUAUUAACUCGUUUCUAGAAUUUCUCGGCCAAGUUAAUGCCUAGUUUGAAAGAAAAGAAAAACUGUACUGUGUUAAUACUGCAUAUCGAGUAUGGUAGAGUUUGAUUGUGUGGUAUAUUGCAAAGAAGUUAAUAUUUGCAUUUUC